UCACAGAACCAGCAGCAGCUACCCACGCCUGCGGCCUGCCUCAGGCCGUCCAGCCGAACCCUAGCAACACCGCCGCCGCUAUUACCCCCAAGGCCCCAAGGCCAGGCGCGGCACCGCCACUCCCGCGCCUCCCUCCCCUAUGGCACGUCCUGCUCCCCCUCCGCUGUCUUCUCCGUCGGCGGCGAGGGCGCCGCGCCCUAAACUCCGAGAAGGGCAAACUACAGCACUCAUCUCCACCUAAACCAAUAUUAGACAUGGUCCUGUCUCCUGUGAUAUGCUGUGCUUCUGAAGACUAGAGGUGCAUUUAAACUCCGGUUUUGCAUCAUGAAAUAGUGAGGGAGCGAAAAAGCUAUGUCAUGAAGCUCUUCGUGCUCGUAGCAUGGGCACUGUUGUUAUUGUCUCAUGGAUCUGGAAGCGUCAUUUGCGCCGUCCUCCAUGGGAACGAUACAGAUAUGCUGUCGCUUCUUGAUUUCAAGCGCGCAAUCACCGAAGAUCCGAAAGGGCUCUUGAGCACAUGGAACACCAGCAUUCACUUCUGCAACUGGCAGGGUGUGAAGUGCAGCCUCACAGAGCAUGAGCGUGUUGCAGAGCUGGACCUGUCUGAGCAGAGUUUUGUCGGGGAAAUCUCUCCUUCCCUUGGAAACAUGUCAUAUCUUACUUAUCUUAACCUUUCCAGAAGCAAGUUCUCUGGUCAGAUACCACAUCUUGGCCGGCUGCGAGAGCUGGAGUUUCUUGACCUGAGUCACAACUCGCUACAAGGGAUUAUUCCAGUGACGCUCACAAACUGCUCCAACUUGAGGGCGUUAGACCUCUCAAGAAACUUAUUGGUGGGUGAAAUUCCCGCAGAAAUAUCCCUUCUCUCCAACCUGACACGCUUGUGGCUUUCUUAUAAUGAUCUUACCGGGGUCAUUCCACCAGGCCUUGGCAAUAUCACUUCUCUAGAACAUGUUAUUCUGAUGUAUAACCGGUUAGAGGGAGGCAUUCCUGAUGAGUUUGGGAAGUUGUCCAAGAUGUCAAACUUACUCCUUGGUGAAAACAAGCUAUCAGGUAGAGUCCCAAAGGCCAUUUUUAAUCUGUCUCUGCUAAAUCAAAUGGCGCUGGAGUUGAAUAUGCUAGUUGGUACUCUACCAUCUAACAUGGGUGAUGCUCUCCCUAACCUCCGACUUCUUACAUUGGGUGGUAACAUGCUGGAAGGUCUUAUCCCUGACUCAUUAGGCAAUGCAUCCGAGCUACAGCUGAUAAACUUAGCAUAUAAUCACGGGUUUAGAGGACGAGUCCCACCUUCUCUUGGUAAACUUCCGAAGCUCAGUAAGCUAGGUCUUGACACAAACAGUCUUGAAGCAAAUGACAGCUGGGGCUGGGAAUUCUUGGAUGCAUUGAGCAACUGCACUUCUCUAGAGAUGCUUUCACUCUAUGCAAAUCGGCUACAAGGAAACUUGCCAAAUUCUGUUGGCAACCUUUCGUCUAAUGUUAACAACCUCGUGUUUGGUAGGAAUAUGCUAUAUGGAUUAGUUUCAUCAAGCAUAGGAAAUCUCCAUAGACUAACUAAGCUAGGACUGGAGGAGAACAGUUUGACUGGUCCGAUUGAUGGAUGGGUUGGAAAUCUUGCUAAUUUGCAAGGUUUAUAUCUUCAACAGAACAAUUUCACCGGGCAGAUUCCAACUUCCAUUGGCAAUAACUCCAAGCUGUCAGAACUGUUUCUGGCAAAUAAUCAAUUCCACGGUCCCAUUCCAUCAAGUUUCGAAAACCUUCAGCAACUCUUGUAUUUAGACCUCAGCUAUAACAAUCUUCAAGAAAAUAUACCAAAAGAGCUUUUUAGUAUAGCCACAAUUGCCCAAUGUGCGCUAUCCCACAACAGUCUAGAAGGCCAAAUUCCUCACAUCAGUAAUCUUCAACAACUCAACUAUCUAGAUCUUUCAUCCAACAAGCUUACAGGGGAAAUUCCACCUACUUUGCGCACAUGCCAGCAAUCGCAAGCCAUCAAAUUGGACCGGAACUUCCUCUCGGGAAGCAUUCCCAUGUUUCUAGGGAGUCUGAACAGCUUGAUCGAGCUCAACCUUUCACAUAACAAUCUCUCAGGCUCUAUCCCAAUUGCUCUAAGCAAACUGCAACUUCUCACCCAGUUGGAUCUAUCCGACAAUCAUCUUGAAGGAGAAGUACCAGUAGAAGGAAUAUUCAAAAAUACAACAGCCAUUUCCCUGAAAGGCAAUUGGUGGCUUUGUGGAGGUGUGCUGGACCUACAUAUGCCUUCAUGCCCCGCUGCUUCUCAUAGAAGAUCUAGAUGGCAAUACUAUUUGGUGAGAGUAUUGGUCCCUAUAUUAGGCAUCUUGUUACUCAUAUUAGUAGUCUGCUUAUCCCUUCUCAGAAAGAGGAUGCUGAGGAUGCAGUUAUCGUUGCCUUCUUCCGAUGAGCAAUUCCCUAAAGUAUCUUAUAAGGAUCUAGCACAGGCUACUGAGAACUUCACAGUAUCUAACUUGAUUGGGAGAGGAAGCUGCGGUUCAGUGUACAGAGCAAAGCUAAACCAAAAACAGAUGGUUGUGGCAGUGAAAGUUUUUGACCUUGACAUGCAAGGCGCGGAUAAAAGUUUCAUCUCAGAAUGUAAAGCACUGAGAAACAUUCGGCACCGUAAUCUUCUUCCAAUUCUGACUGCAUGCUCAACAAUUGAUAACCAAGGCCGGGAUUUCAAAGCUCUAGUCUACCAGUUCAUGCCCAACGGCAACCUGGACACUUGGCUGCACCCGGCAGGAGAUGGAAAAGCCCCAAAGCAACUGGACCUCUCUCAAAGAAUGAAAAUAGCUGUUGAUAUAGCCGAUGCAUUGCAAUAUAUACACCAUGACUGUGAGAAUCCUAUUGUUCACUGUGAUUUGAAGCCCAGCAAUAUCCUCCUAGAUUAUGAUAUGACAGCUCGUUUGGGGGACUUUGGCAUCGCAAGGUUCUACAUCAAAUCCAAGUCAGCGGCAGCUGGAGGUUCGAGUUCAAUGGGUACAAUAACUCUGAGGGGCACGAUUGGAUAUAUUGCUCCAGAGUAUGCGGGAGGUGGCUACCUAUCGACGUCUGGAGACGUGUACAGUUUUGGGAUAGUGCUGCUGGAGAUGCUGACAGGAAGAAGGCCGACCGACCCUAUGUUCUGCGAGGGGCUUGACAUCGUGAACUUUGUCAAGAGGAACUUUCCGGAUCAGAUACUUGAUAUCCUUGACGCUUCUCUCCGAGAAGAAUGUCAAGACUGUUCUCAGGAUAAUCUGGAAGGAGAAAACGAAGUCCACCGGUGUCUGCUGUCCUUGCUGAAAGUGGCACUUUCUUGCGCAAGCCAGGAUCCUAACGAACGAAUGAACAUGAGAGAAGCAGCUACUGAAUUGCACGCGAUUGACACAUUGUAUGUGUCUUGAAGCGGAUGCUAUGUACUAGAGCUGUAUCAUACAUACAUACCAGCUGAUGUGAAGCGUGUAACUAGAGCUGUAUCGUACGUUCGUACUAUAGUGGCCGUGUAGAACUUUUGUACUCGAAAAAUUUAUUUGUUGGGCUGUGGCUUUGUUCCUAGCCUUUGAAAUGCUCAUCUUUUUGCAAAGUA